GGUAACGGUAAAUUAUUUUGGUGAAAUAAUGCAGAACGCUUUUCCUUAAAUUCUUAUUUCAAAACAAAGCCGAACCAUCAAGGCGACCUUUACCGUUCCAGCUUGUCAAGCGACGAGAUGACGAAAGGAACGUCCAGUUUCGGAAAGAGGCAUAACAAGACACACACUUUAUGUGUAAGAUGUGGCAAAAGAGGGUUUCACAUCCAAAAGAAGACAUGCUCUUCAUGUGGCUACCCAGCAGCUAAAAUAAGAUCUUUUAAUUGGGGUGAAAAAGCCAAGCAUCGAAGAACUACUGGCACUGGCAGAAUGAGACACAUGAAACGAGUUCAACGCCGUGCUACAAAUGGAUUUCGUGUGGGUCAAGCUGUUAAAGCCAAAAAGAAGUCCCAAGCUAAAUAAAUAAUUCACUCGA